AUGCCUCGGAUGUCCCUCGAGUCGGAGACGAGGCCGAGUGUCCUGGGGGCACUAGGGGGCUGGCGCAUCACUGCCCAGGCGCCCUCCUUGCUCAGUUAUGCGGGACCCGAGGGGCCUAGAGCAUCAGCCGACUUCGGCCUCUCUGCUGCUCCUGGCGGCAUCGCUCGGAUGCUGCAUCCCCGCCUGUAUCCACAGGAGCCGAGGGUCAGCGGCUGCGGCUUCCUCACCAGCACUCGAGCCCGCGCCAGAUUCUACACAGACCCCGUGGAGGCCGUGAAGGACAUCUCUGAUGGAGCGGAAAUCAUGGUCGGGGGCUUCAGGGUCUGCGGGAUUCCCGAGAACCGGAUAGGAGCACUGCUCAAGACGCGCGUGAGGGACUUGACCAUGGUCAGCAGCAACGUGGGCGUGGACUACUUCGGGCUGGGCCUGUUACUGGGGACCAAGCAAGUCACUCGCAUUGUCUGCUCCUACGUGGGCGAGAAUGCGCCCUGUAAGCACCCGUUCCUGGCCGGAGAGCUGGAGCUCGAGAUGACGCCCCAGGACACCCUGGCCGAGUGCAUGCGCGCCGGUGGGGCCAGGGUGCCCGCCUCCUACACGCCCACGGCCUAUGGGACCCUGGUCCAGGAAGGAGGCGUCCCCAUCAGGUACCACGACAACGGCCACAUCGCCGUGAUGAGUCAGCCCAGAGAGGUGAGGGAGUUUCGCGGGCAACACUACCUCCUGGAGCGCGCCAUCAGGGCGGACUUCGCUUUGGUGGAAGGGUGGAAGGCCGGCCGUGUGGGAAACGUCACCUUCAGCAGGAGGGCCAGGAGCUUCAACCUGCUCAUGUGCAAAGCUGCGGAAACCUCCGUGGUGGAGGUUGAGGAAGCUGUGGACGUGGGGUCGUUUGCCCCAGAAGACAUUCAUGUUCCUCACAUUUAUGUAGAUCGCGUGAUACAGAGAGGAAAGUAUGAGAAAGGAAUUGAGCACUUAACAAGGGGAGAUGAAGAUGGAAAAGCUGGGACUUCGGAUGAUGAAAGGACACGAAUCAUCAAACGGGCGGCUCUCGAAUCUGAGGACAGCAACGCCAACUUGGGCUUAGGGAUCCCUCUCCUGGCCGGCAACUGCACCAGCCCCACCUUAACUGUUCAGCUUCACAGUGAAAAUGGAAUCCUGGGCGCGGGUCCUUUUCCAUCGAAAGAGGCGGCAGAUGCAGACCUCAUCAAUGCGGGCAAGCAAACAGUCACCGUUCUUCCCGGGGGCUCUUUUCUCUCCGGCGAUGACUCAUGUGCCGUGAUCCGAGGGGGACACCUCCACCUGACCACGCUAGGAGCCAUGCAGGUUUCCAAGUACGGUGACCUGGCGGCCUGGAUGGUCCCCGGAAAGAACCACUGCCCCAAGGCCGACGACCCCCAAAUCUGGGGGGAAUGCACGAUGCCCCUGACUGGGGAGCGGUGCGUGGGCCGGAUCGUCGCGGAAGAGGCCGUGUUUGAUGCGCACACAGAAGGACUGACGCUGACUGCGCUCUGGGAGGGCCUGGCCGUGGAGGACAUCAGGGAGGGCACGGGGCGCGCCUUGGCCGCCGCGCCCGACCUCAGGCCCUUGCGCCUCACCUUCUCCAACCCCACAUGUCUCCUCCUUGUUGCUAUAUCGGUGUCCCCAGAAGGAAAGCAAGUCCUCCUCAGGGGGACAGGGACCCGGUAA